AACUGCACUAACCAGUAAUCCCAGAAGAUUUUACCAUGUAACAAUAAAUAAUUAAAUUUAGAAAAAAUGUACACUUGUGUACCGCAAGCUAAAAAGCUCCUAUUUAUAUCGGGAAAAUAAAAUGACAGACAGGCGCACUAGAAGGCAUCUAAUUUAUUUAGUUAUUUUUUACAGUCUCUGGUUACAACCACUGUAGUUCAUUGGCUACAACUAUCAUACCCGGCUGUAGUACGAGAUCCACACCAUUCGCACUCCGCUGACUCGAUGAGUGGCCUAUUAACAUAUGACAGCUGUACUAACGUUAGCCUAGCUGGCUAAAUAGGAGCGAACUAGCUAGUCUUCAGUGUUGGUUCUGCUAAUCAGCGGACAGCUGUCACUUAAAGCGCCGUUUAAACGACAACCAUCUGGGUUUCUAGAGCUACGUGAAUUCAUUCUAUAGUUAAUCUUAGCCAUCAAACCAUCGGAGACGUGCCUAAUAAUACUCGGACAGCUACAUAAACAUUGGCUAGCUGGAUAUCUACACUUAAUUCGUUUUAUUGCUUAUUAUUGUGUGGUUAUACAUUUAUGUGUAUUUUCAAAGGGUGUCAGGGGUACAUUUAUUUAGGCAAGGAUGGCGGACGAGGCGCUUUUUCAAUUUCUUCACAAUGAACUGAUACAGUAUGUCUACAAAUCAGCAGAGCACGGCGAGAUGGAAAACGGGAGGUGCAUUACAAAGCUGGAGAACAUGGGAUUCCGUGUUGGCCAAGGGCUAAUCGAAAGAUUCACACGAGACACUGCACGGUUCAAGGAUGAGCUGGAUGUCAUGAAGUUUGUCUGCAAAGAUUUCUGGACUAGUGUUUUCAAAAAGCAAAUUGAUAACUUACGAACAAAUCACCAGGGGAUUUAUGUGCUACAGGAUAACAAGUUCCGGUUGCUGACACAGCUCUCUACAGGAAAACAGUAUUUAGAACAUGCCCCAAAGUACUUGGCAUUUACCUGUGGGCUAGUGAGAGGCGGACUGGCCAACCUGGGGGUGAAGAGCAUAGUAACGGCAGAGGUGUCCGUCAUGCCUGCCUGUAAAUUCCAGGUGAUGAUCCAGAAGAUGUGAGGAACAGAGGAGGGCCAGCCCUGGAAUCCCCACCCGACAUAAAACACUUGAAACUCA